UGUUGUUUUAUCAUGUUACAACUUCAACAAAAAUAACAUCUUAAAUAUGCAUUUUUUUUGCAUUAUAUUUUUAUUUAAUUCUUGUAAAAUAACAGAUUAUUUUUAUUUUUUUCCCACAUUUUUUCCUUUUUUUAAAAUUUUUUUUAGCUUUAUUGUUUUGUUUAGUUUUUAUUGCAUGCCAAUAAAAAACAUCCAUGGACCCGCAAAUGACCCCUUGGGCUGCACUUUGGACACCCCUGAAGUAAACUCUUUCCAACACCGAUGAUGGUAUCAUAGACGUCGGCUUGGCCCCGCCCACCUCCUUGUGCAUAUUUUAUGCUAAUGAGAAGGUGCCCCCGGCUCUCGAGGCUCUCGGGCCGGCUGCCGGAGGAUGAGCCGGAUGGCGCAGAGCUGGAAGAAGCUGGAGUCCAGCCAGAAGGUUUUCACCGGGUGAUGCUGUCGAAACCUGACUGAAUGGAUCGGUACUUAGGACUUAGCUGGAAAAGGCUUUUGCACUUAUUAUUUUUAUAUUUCAUACUAAUUUAUCCAGUGCAACUAUCAAGCAAUGAGGUGGAAGUGGACCAUUUCAACUCAGAUGAAUUUGAUAACCACAGCAGCAGGAUAAAGCAGCAGAAAUGGGACACCGCUUCCCAGGGAGGGCAGGAACCCCAAUCAACGUCUGUUCCGUUAGUCCCUAACACAUCGGAACUUCGGAAAACUCCAGUCGGUCGGACCAAUAUGACCUCUAACGACUUUCCGCCCACAAGUUCCAGCUCCCAAAGAAUAAUGAACUUUACCACUUCCUCAACAAUUCAUGCUACGACACCACCAAGAACCGAACUAGCUACCAUGCUAUCUCUAAACCGGUCCGCAACCGGAACAACAACUCCGCCCACCAAAGAACCACCGACUCAAUCCUCUUCGAAGAACAGUCUUACGGAUUCGGUACCCAUCGGCUCAUCAGGCGGCGCUACAGCAUCGACUCCGGUACCGCCCAGACCGAUCAAAGAACCGGAACCGACCAACACCGACCAAUCGAUAUCGAAAUCUCCCGGAGAAACCGUGACGAAUUCGGUAAAACCGAAUUCUAACGCAACACAAAACCCUACCAGCGGAGUCGUCUCUGCGGACCGUGGUCCAGUUCAGGAUUCAGUUUUCACCCGACAGGCCAAGGAAGCCCUGAAGUGGAGAUUCCACAGGAUGUCAGAGUCAUGUGACUUCCCCUGCCUGAACGGUGGUUGGUGCACUCGGACGGAUUCGUGUGACUGCAGCUUGUUUCAGGCCACAGGACACAGGUGCCAGACAGUUCCAAAUCCUGGUUUUGAGAGGGACAUGACCUGCAGGACUUGGGGUCAGUACAACUUUGAGACCUUUGACGGCCUCUACUACUACUUCCCUGGUCGAUGCACGUACACGCUGCUCAGAGACUGUGACGAAACCACCCAGACCGCCAUCGUAGUCCAGGUCCACAAUGACCCGGACUGUGGUUCUGAACCGUAUAGCUGCCAGCGUUCAGUCAGCCUCUUCCUUCCUUGGGAGGGCGAGGUCCGGUUGCACGCCACCAAUGUCACGUUCAAAGGGCAAAGUUUGCAGCUUCCUCAUCACAUCCACGACCUGCAUCUCCAGCAGAUCUCCCACAACGUCUUAGUGACACAACCCCAAGGCUUCACGCUGGCCUGGGAGGGUCACAGUGGUUCGGUCUACAUCAAACUUAGCCCGGAAUAUGCGGGAAGAACCUGCGGCCUCUGUGGGAACUUCAACGCAGAUCCUCAGGAUGACCUCAGGACCAGCUAUGGAAUACUGAGCCAUGAGUUGGAAAUGUUUGGGAACAGCUGGAUGGAGACGGCGGCGUUCCGACCCCGAUGUCCAACGGUGCUUUCUGGUUUCUCGUCACCUUGUGCAGAUGUUGAUGUGAAUGUUCUACUGAAAGUGGAGGAACUUUGUUUAAUGCUGCUGGAUCCACCAUUCCAAAGCUGCCAUGACUUUGUCAACCCUUUGUCCUACAUGGCCAGCUGUUUCAACACCCUCUGCAUGUCGGGUCCUACAAGCGAGGCGGUGUGCCAGGCGUUCACCGAGUACUCCAGAGCCUGUUCCCAUGCCGACAAGUCCCUGAACGACUGGAGGGACCACAUUCCUCAGUGUGCAAAGCAGUGUCCUCCGGGUCUACAGUACCUUGAAUGCAUCAGUGUUUGCCCGGCAUCAUGCAACAAAGAGAGGACAUGCAUUGAUAGCGGGCUGGCCUGCCUGGAUGGAUGUUAUUGUCCCAAUGGUUUGAUUUAUACAGAAGGGGGGUGUGUCGCCCCCUCGGAGUGUCCCUGUGAGCACCAUGGUAUCUUCUACCAAUCUGGACAAACAAUACAGGAGGAAUGCAACAACUGCACAUGCCUGGCUGGAGUAUGGAACUGCGUUGACUUCAGCUGCCCAGGCGAAUGCUCGGUGACCGGCGAUAUGUAUUUCGAGUCAUUUGAUGGGCGUGUCUACACCUUUCCCGCCACGUGUCAGUACGUCCUGGCUAAGAGUCGAAAGUCGGGGAAGUUCACCGUCACCAUCCAGAACGCCCCCUGUGGAGCUAAUCUGGACGGGUCCUGCAUCCAGUCCAUCAACUUGGUCAUUGAUGAAGAUCCAAAAAUGGAGAUUACGCUAAGCCACAUCGGUGAGGUCUUCAUGGCCGGGCAGUAUCGCAUCUCCUUGCCUUAUUCCGAUGACAUUUUCCAAAUUCAGGAGCUGUCCUCCAUGUUCCUGCAAGUGAAGACGACGUUUGGCCUGCGUCUUCAGUACAGCUGGAAGGAGUUUCGUCUCUAUCUUCAGGCCAAUGCAUUGUGGAAGGACGACACGGUGGGACUGUGCGGAACCUUCAACGGCAACAUCCAAGACGACUUCUUGUCGCCUGCUGGUAUGAUAGAAAGCACUCCUCUACUGUUUGGAAAUGCGUGGAGGGUCUCGUCGGCAUGUACGCUCAGCCUGACCACGCCCCUGCUGGAACCAUGUGACACACACCAACAGGCAGUGGCUUACGCGUCCGAGAUGUGCGAUAUACUGAACCAGGAUCUGUUCUCUCCCUGUCACGGGUACAUCAGUCCGGUUCCUUUCCAUCGCCAGUGUCGCUCGGACACUUGCAAAUGCGGAACACCUUGCUUUUGCUCUGCCGUCGCCCACUACGCUCGCCACUGCCGUAGAUUCUCCGUCAUCAUCGAUUUCCGAUCGCAUAUACGUGACUGUGUGGUCACAUGUCCCAACACCAUGCAGUAUGGCGUCUGUGUGUCGUCCUGUCAACACCGAUGCUCCGCCAUCUCUUCUUCGCCGCACUGCGAGGACGAGUGUGAGGAAGGCUGCGUCUGCCCGACGGGACUCUUCUACGACGAACGAACACACACUUGUGUGCGCAGGAAUGAGUGUCCCUGCACAUUCCUUGGAGCUGAUUAUGAACCCGGAGAUGUGAUCAUGACAUCAGCAGGUGUUCAGUUGUGUGUGGAUGGGACCUUUGUGUUGCAAACAGCAGACAUCGGUAGCUUGUGUCCAGACGGUCAGUCGUACCACAACUGUUCAGAGGGUCAGAGUGGCCAUCUUCCAGGAAGAGGCGUGGCCUGUGAACGCACCUGUGAAUCUCACCUGCUCAACCUCACCUGCUCUGCUCAUGAACCGUGUGUGAGUGGAUGCGUCUGCCCCGCCGGCUUCCUGAAACACGGAGACGAAUGCUUUGAGCCUGAAUCCUGCCCGUGUCUGUGGAAAGGAAAAGAAUAUUUCCCUGGAGACAAAGUGUCUUCCCCUUGCCAUCAGUGCGUUUGCCAACACGGGACGUUCCAGUGUGCGUUUCGCCCGUGUCCGUCCAUGUGUACGACGUAUGGGGAUCGUCAUUACAGAACCUUUGACGGCUUGCUCUUUGACUACGUUGGUGCAUGUCAAGUUUAUCUUCUAAAGAGCAGCGCUGAUGUGAUUCUCAGUGUGACGGCUGAGAACGUUGACUGUUUUGAUAACGGCGUCGUCUGCAGGAAGUCCUUGUUGAUUAACAUCGGAAGAUCAUUCGUCGCUUUUGAUGACGACACCGGACAGCCUAACCAUUCCAGUGUCAUCGGAAGGAAUCAGCGGAUGCUCAUAUGGCCUGCUGGUUUAUUUACCGUAGUUCAAUUCCCAGAAGAGGAUGUUACUAUCCUGUGGGACACUAAAACCACCAUUCACAUCCAGGUUGGACCUCGUUGGCAGGGAAAAUUGGGCGGUCUGUGUGGAAACUUUGACUCGAAGACUGCGAACGAGAUGCGAACUCCCGACAACAUUGACUCCUCAACUCCACAAGAGUUUGGAAACAGUUGGACAACAACAGAGUGUGCGAAUAGUCCAGACAUGAGACAGCCGUGCAGCAUCAGUCCGCUCAGAGAGCCCUUUGCCAAGCAGCAGUGUGCUAUUCUGCUCAGUGAGGUGUUCCAGGCCUGCCAUCCGGUGGUGGACGUCACCUGGUUCUACACGAACUGCCUAUCAGACACAUGCGGGUGCAGUCGGGGCGGCGACUGUGAAUGUUUCUGCACCAGCGUGGCGGCGUACGCCCAACGGUGCUGCCACCAGGGCGUUCCCGUCGACUGGCGUUCCCCGUCCGUAUGCUCGUAUGAUUGUGAAUUCUACAACAAAGUUCUUGGCAAAGGACCCUUCAGGUUGAUCCCCUUCAGGGAUCGCGCGACGGUCUUGGUCGCCCGCCAUUCAGGCAGCUCGGUGUUAAUUAAACGAGGAAACUUCAGCGAUGUCGCUGGCACCUUCUCCCACUUCAUGAUGACACCAGGUCUCAGCAGAGUCCGACCACAUGACACGUCACGGAUCUCCUUUGAGGCAGCCAGCAGACCCAAUCACUUCCUGUAUGUGAGCCCCGGUGGCCAGUUGAAACUGGCCAAGUGGGAGGAGAGCAAGGAAUUCUGGGAUCGAGCCACCUUCGUGCUCCACACGGACACCUGGAUCUCGGGCUACGACUCCCUGGAGUCCCAAGCGAAGCCAGGAUUCUUCUUGCACGCCACCAUCCCCCGCCUACACCUGCUCAAAUAUCGUCACAGCGACAGCUUCCGCAAGGCCAUUCUCUUCCGACUGACGGGCUCUGGUCCAGAUGCCCCACCAGGUCCUCGGUGCCAGUGGAGGUACGACUCCUGCUCAAGCCCCUGUUUCAAAACCUGCAGCGACCCAUCAGCAGAAGCCUGUGUCUCCAUCCCACAAGUGGAGGGCUGCUUUCCUUUCUGCCCGCCACACAUGGUCCUCGAUGAAGUGACUCGCCGAUGCGUCUACGCCAAAGACUGUAUUAAAGCCCCGGUCAUAAAACCCAUAAUCCCAACCGGUACCGAGACAACCUCUGCGAUUCUUUCUUCAACAACCACCAAAGUUGAACUCAAGACCGCCACUGUCCCCUCGAUCUCCUUAAUGACCAAAACCACCACCAGUCCGACCACAUCAGCAUCUGCUCCCACAACACCGCAAAUUCCUGAUCGGUCAACCAAACUAAGCAUCCCCGAACCAACUCAACCAGUUGCUGAACCAUCCAGUACCACGUUCCUCCCUGCUGUAAGACCAGAAGCGGAUGAACCUCUUUCGACCAUGAAAGUCACUGAAUCCGAUUCCGCAGCUGAGACUCCUACCGUUAGCCCUUUUGCAUCGAGCACCUUCAGUUCCAGCCGUGCUCCCUUUGGAAUCACUUCUAUUUUCUGGUCCACUGACUCCCUCCAACCCCUCGUAACCACCAAAACUACUCCCAUGCAAACAUCUACCGGUACAGUACCAAGUACAAGGACUCAGGAGUCCACAGAAGGUACACAUUCAGUAGUGGUGUUCCCAUUUGGAACCACUUCUCCGGUGACCGAACGGACCGUUGUUCCCAAAUCUACUACCACCGCGCAUAUGGAAACCGGCAGCACAAAACCGUUAACGGUCGAGGGAGUUCCUUCUGGACCCGUCACUCCGGUUUUCCGAAGCACGGCAUCACUUUCGACUGUACCUGUCAAAACAGCAGUACCGAUGUCAACAGUCUCUUCAGCAAAGACUGUAGACUCGGUCUCUACAGUUGAACCCGUUAAAACCAGAACCACGCAGUUUCUCGGUCCAGAGACUACAGCGCCUCUCAUUUCUGCGCUUACUACCGAGACGAUACUUUUGACCACUCCGGUUUCUUCUGAAAUACCGCCAUUAACGCCGGUUCACGUCUCUCUGACUACAACUGUGCCAAGUCCUACCUUGUCGGUUUCAGACUUGCAGACACCAAAAAAGACAACAACCAUACUUGAAUCUACUGAGUCCAAAAAACCUGCUGCCGUCACAACACUAGCUCCCGUGUCCACUGCGACUUCGAGACCGCCAAAGGUAGCUACAGCGACAACUUUGGUCACCAGACCUACAACCGAACCAUCAGUUCCCGCUGUUGCAUCAGUAUCACCAAGUUCUACCACGAUGACCUCCAAACCGUGGCGUCUACCCCAUUGGGACACGUCUUCAACGUGGUUGUACCGCCCGACGGCAAAAACUACACCGGCGCUCACCUCUCAAGGUGUUCCGCAUUUGGUCAGUGUGACUAAAACAACCGAAGUACCUCGUUUUUCGGUAUCACAACCGGUCAUCACCUCGACUGUACCGGAUACUCUCGCAACCACAACCGCUAAAACCAUCAGCAUCCCUACGAUAGAAUUUCAUACCAAGACAAAAGUUACACCCGGAACUGGUGUUCCCGAUACUCCGUUUACCGUUGUUUCGGCCGGAGUACCACCGAUUUCAACCACGAUUGGACCCGUCACAGUAAAACCAGUCACAGAAACGGGAACAUCUACUUCGCCUGCGACGCCGAGAACAACAACCACAGGACUUGUACCGAGUGUAAGAUCUACAUCUACCGCAACAUCGACAACAAUCACAACCACGGCUUUCAUCGGGACAACAGUCGCGGGAACUACACCCCAGAUCACGUCAACCGAGAAACCAGUCACAACACCUUCGGUAGUCACCACUGAAUCCAGAUCGGCUUCCACGCCUCAACCAGAAGUUCCAUCUGGAACCAUCUCUAAACCUUUGACUCCAUUGACCGCAAAAACACCGGUGUUUGGUUUGACCACUUCAGUGGCCCCGCCAUUAGUACCCGAUUCCGCUCUCACAACAGUGACUGUAUCUUCACCCGUAACUUCAACCACAGCAGUAUCUGUCCCGAAAACCACUGAACCCCCAAUCGCUUCCCAACCUGCGACUUCCCAGUCUGAUAUUCCUGGUCUUACCGUAACUCCGACUCCUACAACGGCAACGCUUUUCACAACUGUGCCAGAUAGGAGAAAUCUAACCAGUACUCUUGUCCAAGUCCAAAUAACAAGAACGUGCACGCCUCCAUAUGCUGAGAUUGUGGACGAGUGCAGCAAGUACAUCUGUGUCAACAACCAGCUGGUCUUCUUCAACAAAUCCCAAAGCUGCCCGUUCUCCUCUCAACCACCGAACUGCGGCCUGCUUGGCUUUGCCGUCCUGGUCAAUGGAGACAAAUGUUGUCCUCAGUGGGAUUGUCCAUGUCGCUGCUCCGUGUUCCCAGACUUGAACGUGAUCACAUUUGAUGGGAACAGCGUCGGCAUCCAUAAAGCGGCUUCCUUCAUAGCGGCCCAGCAGCCCAAUGAGACCGUCAGUGUUCUGGUUCAGGAGUGUCCUGCUGAGUCAGCACUUCUGGGGAAUUUGACCAACCUUUGUUUGGUUUCGCUCAACAUCACUCACAAUUCCCACCACGUCGUCAUCAACCGGCUUCAGAGGAGGCUCUUUGUCAACUCACGCUAUGCCAGGCCUCGAUUUAAAAAAUUUGGUUUCGAGAUCUACGACACGGGCAACAUGUACCUGGUUCGAAGCCCGGCUGGUCUUAAGCUGCAGUGGUAUCACAGCACCGGAAUGAUGGUGAUCGACGCCGACAACGCUAGCAACAAGCCGCCCACCAUGAUGGGACUCUGUGGUUUCUGUGACGGAGACCCAAGCAACGACUUGAUUUUACCCAAUGGCACCACUCUUGAACGGGGCGAGGACCCGUCUCUCUUUAUUGACAGCUGGCAGGUUCCCAACACCACCAGCUACGUCAGUCCCAGUCGGCGUCGCCAGUUCAAUUGCUCCACCAGUGACUGCUCUCGCUGCUUGGUCAUGCUGCGGAACCCCGCCUUCUUCCAGUGUCACACCUUUGUCUCUCCAAGCACAUUCUGUGAGGUUUGGGUCCAAGAUGUCGAGUAUGUAAACAACCAUUGUGUGGCGCUAGCUGCCUACGUAGCCUCUUGCCACAAGUUCAACAUCUGCAUUGAGUGGAGGAGACCAGAUUACUGUCCCUUCACGUGUCCUGACACGCUCCGUUAUAAGGCCUGCCUGCCGGUCUGCACAUCCCAGUCUUGCCCCCACCCGGACUUUGACUCAGACCCAGACCCAGACCAUUGCUCAGGGCUCACCGAGGGUUGCGUGUGUCCCCAAGGAACGCUACUUCAUCGACCUUACUCCGCUCUCUGUAUUCCUCCCAGCAAGUGCGCCUGCACUGACAGUUCUGGGAUUCCACGUGCACACGGCGAAGUGUGGAAGGCCUCAAAGGACGCUUGUUGUAUGUACCGCUGUGACAAGGACACGGUUGUCCCCGUGGAGUUCAACUGUUCCACCGUGGACGCGCCCGUGUGUCGGCGGGAAGGGGAAGUGGUCGUUAGCCUAGCGGAAAACGCGAGCUGCUGCCCCCGGAAAGUCUGCGUGUGUAAUCAGACCCUGUGUGACCUUGUCCCCCCUGAGUGUGAACCUGAGGAGAGGCUGGUGUCGUACUACAGACAGGACUCCUGCUGCCCGGACUAUGAGUGUGAAUGCGAUCCCACUCGUUGUGAGUCCGAGCUUCCCACCUGUAGAAGCGACCAGAUAUUAACUUCCACCAAAAGUCAUCAUAGCUGUUGCUUGGAUCACAUCUGCAUGUGUUCUUCCUGUACGGAUGUACCACCUCGCUGUCAGGAUGGGGAGGUGCUAACAGUAGACGGGAACGCCACGGAUCGCUGCUGCCCCAUUUAUCAAUGUGUAUGUGAGCCCUCCAGGUGUCCCCACCUCACGUGUCCAGUCGGAAUGUCGGCUGUAUCAGUUCCCCGUGCGGACGACUGCUGUCCCAACCAAACAUGCGAGUGCUCCUGCGACAAGAUCACCCCUCCUAAAUGUGGAUUGGGAGAGACGCUUCAGUUGGACGGCGGCGUAGUCCCGUCUGACGCGCAGAACCCGUGCGGGUGCCAACGACACAAAUGUAUACGAGAAGCGGUCUGCGUGUACGGCGAGCGGAGGGUGCUGCGGCCCGGCCAGACGCUGGUAGAACAUGGCGAGGACGGUUUGUGUUACAGCCGACAAUGCAGCCGAGUGCUGGACGCCACCAGCGGUUUGCAUUUACUACGCACCAGCAGCACCAACUGCUCCGCCCACUGCCAACUGAAUCAGAUGUACGUCCCUUCAAAGGAGGCGUCGACCUGUUGUGGCGUCUGUAAGAAUAUUUCCUGCCUCUACACUCACGACAACGGAUCCACUCUCCUCUACAAGACCGGGAAGUCUUGGAUGUACAACUGCAUGAAGUUUGAAUGCAUCGAUACUUUUUCCGGGCCGACGCUCGUCUCCUAUCCCUUCAGCUGCCCUCCCAUCAAUGAAACGGAGUGUAUGAAGAUGGGAGGAAGUGUCCUAAGUUACAUGGACGGAUGUUGCAAGACAUGCAAAGAAGACGGGAAGCCCUGUCAGAAGGUGACCGUCAGGAUGACCAUCCGGAAGAAUGACUGUCGAAGUAACCGGCCGGUGAACAUCGUGUCAUGUGACGGGAAGUGCCCGUCGGCCAGCAUCUACAACUACAACAUCAACACGUACGCUCGCUUCUGCAAGUGCUGCCGAGAGAUGGGCCUGCAGCGGCGCUCGGUGCAGCUCUACUGCAGCGGCAACUCCACCUGGGUCAGCUACGCCAUUCAGGAGCCCACCGACUGCUCCUGCCAGUGGACUUAGAGCAACUAUGGCCGCCGACCACCCCCCCCCCCCCCCCCCCGCCCCCCCGCCACUCCGCUACACAAUGUACUGUAUGUACAAUACUGUAAAUUGCAUUGCUUCUCUGGCAGGGAAGUAACGACUGCAGUUGUGCCUCGGUGGCAGCUGUAAACACACACACACACACACACACAAACACACACACACACACACAUGGCACUAUGACAUUUGACCUCUGACCUCUCGGGUUACUAGAGACAGAUUUACUUUGCAGGGAUAGAAAUCAACACAGUCACAAGAAGUAGCCAAUAAAACCCACGAAAGCAUGACUUAAGUUAAGAAAAUCCAUCAUGGCGGCGCUCGGGUUACCUUCUAGCGUUCAAAUCCUCAUCGCCGUCGAGCAGCUGGGACUAAAAAAAAAAAAAAAAAAAAAAGGCGGCCAAUGUCGAUGUGCGUUUGUAUGAUGUUUAUUUUCACUUGCAUGGUGAUUGCAUGGCUUUCCUUUUCCUUGGCGCACCGGCGCUGGGAAGACAAGACAUAAUAAAAUGUAAAAAGUGAAGUGUUUUUUUUUUUUAAUGUAAAAAUGUAAUUUAAAAAGACAAAUUUACACAAAUAAAAACAACAAAAAUAAGAAUUAAGAAAAAAAAAGUUGUACGUAAAAAAUAAUGUCAAUUUUAGGAGCAUGAAGUUGAAAUAUUGAUUUAUAAUAUUAUCAAAAAGGAACAAAAUAACGUCAUUUUGUGUAAAUUAAUUUGCGGAAAAAGUAAGAAAAAUCUAAUUAAUUAAAAAAAAAAUGAUGCGGGAAUAAAGUCACAAUAAUGUCACAAUAAUCACAAUAAUGUCACAAAAAUGUAACUUAAAAAGACAAAUGUACACAAAUAAAAACAACAAAAAUAAGUAAAAUUUGUACAUUUACGAUAAUCACAUCUUAAAAUUAUGAGGAAAAAUAAUGUCAUUUUAGGAGCAUGAAGUUGAAAUAUUGAUUUAUAAUAUUAUCAAAAAGGAACAAAAUAACAUCAUUUUGUGUAAAUUAAUUUGUGGAAAAAGUAAUAAAGUCUAAUUAAUUAAAAAAAAGAAUGAUGCGGGAAUAAUAAUGUCACAAUAAUCACAAUAAUGUCACAAAAAUGUAACUUAAAAAGACAAAUUUACACAAAUAAAAACAACAAAAAUAAGAAUUAAGAAAAAAAAAUGUGUACAUUUACGAUAAUCACAUAAUAAAUAAAAAAAAAUUUACAUGAAGAAAGAGAAAAAAACAGCAGCAGUAAUGACAAAAAAACAGCUCUAAUUUUACCAGAAUAAAGUCAACAUUUUAAGAGAAGAAGUCAAAUUUUAGUAACGUAAAGUUCAAAUGUUUACAAUGUUUAUAUACAGUUUAAAUACAGUCUACUGUUGAUGCAAUCAUCCAGCUAAAACUCACUUCCUGUCCACUAAUCCGAAAAACACAUUUAUUUCAACACACACAAGACUCUCGAGUGAACAUAGGGGUGUUAUGUCAUUUCAAGAGAGCUCUAAUGUUUAAAAAGUCAGUUUUUUCUAGACUCUAACAACAAAAAUAUUACAUUAUAUUAAUUCACUUAUCACGGCCGGGUCUGGAACCAAUUAACCGCGAUUAAUAUUAACAUUCCAAUUAAAUAGUAAAAUAUUUUUCACUAUAAUCAAUCUAUACUAUAUAACAUGAACAAUAGUGAGUUAACUGAUUUGAAUCCAGCUGUAUGCGGAGCACUUUAUUAAUUUAUUGGAGAUGGAUAAAGAAUAAAUGUGUAAAUGGCCUUGUCACCACUUUUGGUUUUAUUUACUUUUAAAGUCUGACAUUGGUGUAAUUAAUACACGUUUAAAGCAACUUGUCAUGAAUAAUAAUUGAGUUGGAAAGUGUUUGUGUUGGAAGUGCAACAAUUUGUGGCCGCUAGAUGUCGCCAAAAACAAGCACAUCCCCAACUUGAAUUUUUACAAGGCAGUAUUUUUGUUUCAUACACAUUUUACAACUGAAUAUGCAAAUUAUAUGCAAAUUAUAUAAUGCCGUCAACGACUUCUAGGACUGCCAACAGUUACUUUUCUUACUUCUUGAGUUUCAUUCUUUUGGAGCAGAAUCUUUCACUUGUUCUUAACGCUACAAUCCUUCAUUAAAGGGAGACCAGUUAGGACAAUUCCAAGUUGCCUUGACUAACAGGGAUCCCGAUAAAUAGGAAACAAUAUUUUGGUUUGUGGCUGUGAUUUUUUUUUAAUAUAUACAGUAAGAAAUUCAUUAAAACAAAUAUAUUGUAUUUGGUAGUAACAGUUAAGUAUCCAAAUUGACCAAAAGUAAGCCUCAAUAUUGGCUGAACACCCAUAUACACCCCCGCUACAUAAAAUGGUUUGGUCCACUACUAGUCGGUCGGAAGUUGUGACAGCAGAUUGAUUCAAACUAUACUUCUACUACCAAUUAUAAUGAAGUC